GUACCCCGACGAGAUCACACGACGAACCCGGACCUGACAGGCUAAACAAAUUCGAUAACCGAUAUGGGGAACUACGACCAAGGAUGAGACUAUAACCUCGCCAGUUUCCCAGAGAGUGUAGUGAAAUGGAGGAUUUGCUUUUUGCUGAAGUGGUGCUCGUGGUGUUGAUGCUUGUCCUCAAGAAUCAUGCACUUAAUCCAGGAUGCGAGUGUCUAGUGUACAGUGCAACCUAUGGAAAAGAGUACGGAAGGUUCAGCAGCCCGGAUUAUCCGAAACCGUACCCGGACGACAUCGAUUGCCUCCUCUACACUUUUAUUGCCGGCUCGACGGAAAUCGUCGAGAUAAACUUCAAGCAUUUCGACCUCAACCCGUCGACAGCAGACUGUUUGGAAGGAGAUUAUAUUCAAGCGUAUAUGGAACUAGAAAGCGCACAUCUCACAGAUUUGGACACGCCUACUGGUCUUCUAUGUUCAUCUCUGCCGACCUUGCCUCACCUUUUGUACAGCUCUGGCCCAUUUCUAGUCCUCGAACUUCACACAACUAGGCGUCCCAAAAGCGCCAAUUAUUCCGGUUUCGUCGGCACUUUCAGAUUCCUGGAUACCAGCAAAUACAUCAUGGAUGGCGGAAGCUUCGGAGGCUGUGAUUACCAAAUCCCCGAGAGAGGCAGUUCUGGAAGGCUGUAUUCUCCUAGGUAUCCCUCAAGUUAUCCUAGGAACAGCAGGUGUACUUAUACAAUAUCCGCCAGAGAUGGCGGGAGAGUGCGCCUUGUCUUUGAAGAGUUUGACCUUCAAAGAGGUGACGACAGUUGUCUGACGAGAGAAGAUGUCGUACGGGUGCACGACGGUCCAGGACCGCUAUCGCCGGUCAUAACGAUUCUUUGUAACCAGGGAUCAAACACCGAGAUUAUAUCGACAACAGAAACUCUAUUCAUCGAGUUUACUGCGUCAUCAAAUUGGCCUGGACAUGGUUUCUAUGCCAAUUAUUUUUUCAUAGCGAGUUCAGAAAAUGGAGUUGAACCUGAAUCAUCUCCUCAAUUAGGGCCUUCUGUCAGCGCCACAAGAUCAAGUUGCGACGUUAAGUUGAGCAGCGAUUUUUCGACGAACGGCAGCAUCACGUCUCCCGGUUACCCAGGUCCUUAUCCGCCAAAAACAACCUGCCAAUACGAAUUUUCCGCAUCGGGCCGGCAGCGCAUCCAACUCGUCUUCACGGAGUUUUCUUUAUUUAUGAUAAACGAAUUUACAAAAGACUGCGAAAGCGUCGAUUCGAUCGUCGUGUACGACUUCUUCGAUGGGAGGCUUGAGAAAUCGGAAGUCUUCUGUGGUGACGAAGUCCCGAGGCCGAUCAUGUCCAACGGGCCCAGGCUUAUGGUUCAUUUCCUCGGCAGGUUUUCUUCCAUGCACGCCAUCGGCUUCAAGGCGAAAUACCGUUUUACCAGCAGUUUCGGCAUCUCCGGAGGGAAGCAAGUGGAGGACUAUCCAUGCGCAUUCCGUUACCGCUCCACUUUGAGCCUUUCCGGACGAUUUACAAGUCCGAACUUUCCCGGCUUCUACCCCAGGGAUAUUGAAUGUCAUUACUUCUUCCACGGAUCGCCCAAUCAGCGAGUCCGCAUAUCUUUCCACUAUUUCGAUAUAGAAGGAAUCGUACCGUGCGAUCUCACCUCUGCGAGUGACUACGUCGAGUUUUCCAAUUUUAUGGGUCGAGACGACAAGCAUGGCCGAUACUGUGGCCAGAUUAAGUCUGGUUUUACGAUAGAUUCGGAUAGGAAAUUCUUCAGAGUCACCUUUAGGUCCAACGACCGUCUCGACGGUACAGGGUUUAACGCCAGCUAUCAGUUCCUUGAACAGCCCUUAUCGCCGACUGCAGCAAAACCGACGAAUGCCUCCCCACACAGCUCUGCAGAAUGUAAACUAUUGUUGGCCCUUUCCAUUUUGAUGUUCUUCAGUUGAUACGAGAUUUAACGUAAAUUUAAAUAUUUAAUUACAGCAAUAAUUGUGUCAACAUAUCCUAAAUA